GGAACAGUUUUGACGCGUCCUGUUGCGUGAUCUAAACUCCCGCAGUUUUCCUCAGGAAACACCACCUCCAUUCACGGACUUGGUGCAUUUGCUCCAGAGGCGAGAGAGGAGCAGCAGGGAUACACUUUGAGCUUCAGUCUACGGGCGCUAUGGACCUGGCACUUUUUUGCCUCUUAUGUGGAUUGUACUCAGUUUUGGCCAUAGAGGGAAGGUAUAGUGCACCUGUUUUGGAUGUGAAAUCUCAACAACUUGUCCUAAGCUCAGACCAAACAUUGCUACUCAACUGCAGGGGCCGCUGGAAGCUGAUGUGGUUUCAUCCUCCAGCUCUGGCAGCAGAGCAGGUUAAAGUGGUAAACUCUCGCUGUGGAAGGACUAAACAGCAUUACUGCAGCCUCCUGACCAUCAGCCACGCUAAGGCUGACAACACAGGCUUUUACAAGUGCUACUAUGAGCAUCGGCCGGAGAGGAACACGUCUGUGUACACUUAUAUCACAGACAGCCAUCGGCCAUUUGUGGAACAUUCAGGAAUGAGCCCAAAUGUGCUGUACAAGAAGGAGAAAGAACCACUCAUCAUCCCCUGCCGCGUCACCCACCCAAAUACUACUGUCACACUGACCAAGUUCUCAAGCGGACAAAGGGUGAGCCCAGAUCAGAGAAACAUCCUCUGGGACAGUACGAUUGGCUUUACCAUUCGCAGCCCGACCUUUUAUUACACAGGGCCUUUCUUCUGUGAGACCUUCAGAGGUGGUGCAGCUCUAAAGUCACGGAUAUACAUUGUACAUAGGACAGUGAGCAACAUCCUGGAGGUGUACCUGAACAGCAGUGGGUCAGUGCACGCACUGAGGGGGGACAGACUCGUCCUGAACUGCACUGCAACAGGGGAGCUAAACACAAGGGUCAACAUCACCUGGGACUAUCCUGGUCAGAACAACAGUUUCCAUUCCAUCACAAAGAGGAUCUAUAGACACAGAACGCACAUCUUGUUCUACAGCAUCCUGACCAUCCCAAAGCUCCAGCAUUCCGACCGCGGCCAGUACACCUGCCGCGUGUCCAGCGGAGACAACCUUAAACAGCAAGGAGUGCCAGUGACCAUUUAUGACCAUCCAUUCAUCCGCCUCAAGCCCAGACAAGGAUGCAUAAUAGAAACAGAAGUCGGACAGAAAUCCUACAAGAUCUCUCCAAAACUGCGAGCGUUCCCUACCCCAGAAGUCAUGUGGUUAAAAGAUGGUAGAAUUGCUGCAGAACAGUGCUCCAGAUAUCAUUUAGAUGGGCACUCCUUAGUCAUUCGGGAUGUUGCAGAAGAGGACGCAGGAAAAUACACUAUCCUGGUACGAAACCAGGAGCAUGGACUUUGUCAGAACCUAACGUUCACCCUGCUGGUGAAAGUGAAACCGGAGAUUGGGGAGAAAGCGGUGUCAUUACAGGACCCUGGUCCCGUCCCAAAGGGAAGCAGACAAGCAUUGCACUGCACAUCACAUGGGAUACCCCCACCUCACAUCCACUGGUCCUGGCACCCUUGUCCUCCAAAAGGCCUGUGUCCCCUGUCCUCCUCUCUAUGGACCCCUGUGACUACAGGACAGACGACCACGUCCACACGAAACCACAUCCUCAGUGUGUCCCAACACCACCAACUGCUCCAGGGCAAGAACAAGACUGUUGGGGUCCUGACUGUGGCAGAGACCUCUGUUUCUGGAGUGUAUCGCUGCGUUGCCUCCAACUCUGCAGGCACUGACCACUGGGACAUCCCCUUCUACAUCACAGACAUGAAGGGUGGCUUCAGUGUGGCCCAGGAGGAGGAGUCCUGGGAGGGCGGAGACCUACAUCUCACCUGCCGAGCCAACAGACACUUGUACAGUGCGUUGUCAUGGAAACAGAUGAACAAGGCACACCCUGCUCCGGCUCAGCUCAGUGUGGGAGAGUACUCUUCUGCUCUGGUGCUGCAGCGUCACAACCUGAGUGCCACAGACACGGGGCUGUACAGAUGCUCUGCCCACCACCUGCUUACUGGGAAACAGGCUCACCUGGACAUACAGGUCAAUGUGUCAGUUUUAGAGCCACCUGUGCUCCUGAAUAAUUUGACUGACCACACUGUAAACUCUAGCAGUUCUGUGAUGCUAAAGUGUGUAUCUCGUGGCGUGCCUCCUCCUAUGGUCACAUGGUAUAAGGGGGAAGAUGCUCUACUUCAAAGAUCAGGCAUUAUAAUAUCGCCAGAGGAUGGUACACUCCACAUUGACCGUAUCACUGAAGAGGACCAGGGGCUGUACACCUGCAAAGCCACCAAUGAGAGGGGCUCUGCACAAAGCUCCGCCCACAUAUGGGUCAACAGUAUUUCAGAAUUUUCUUUCCUGGAGGUUCCCACUCUGGCCUGUACCUGUGUCGUGGCCACGCUCCUCUGGCUCCUGUUCACACUGCUCAUUCGGAAACUAAGACAGAACUCAAACACAAAGCCAGAGUACCUGUCAAUAAUCCUGGACACUGGUGCCGGACCUCUCAGUGAACAGUGCCAACGACUGCAGUAUGACGCCAACCAAUGGGAGUUCCCAAGAGAGCGCCUCAAAUUAGGGAAACCUUUGGGUCGAGGAGCGUUUGGUAAAGUAGUCCAAGCAUCUGCUUUUGGAAUUGACAACGAAACCAGCUGCAGGACUGUGGCUGUCAAAAUGCUCAAAGAGGGAGCCACAGUAAGCGAGCAUGAAGCUCUUAUGACUGAACUGAAGAUCCUCAACCAUAUUGGAAACCAUUUAAAUGUGGUAAAUCUCUUAGGAGCCUGUACAAAACCAGGAGGUCCUUUGAUGGUCAUUGUUGAGUACUGUCGCUUUGGAAACCUCUCCACCUUUCUCAAAACUAAGAGAAGCGUAUUUAUGGUUUACAGAAGUCUGUUUUAUAAUGGAAAGUCUGGUUUUGGCAAUGCAUUUCACAAGCAAGAAGUUAAUCACAAACAUAAUGACAAGGAUGAACAAAAGUCAGUCCUAAAUUCCCCUCUAUUCCUGGAAGAUCUCAUCUCCUUCAGCUUCCAGGUGGCCCGAGGAAUGGAGUUUCUAGCCUCGCGCAAGUGCAUCCACAGAGACUUGGCUGCUCGAAACGUACUACUUUCAGACAACAACGUGGUAAAGAUUUGUGACUUUGGUUUGGCCCGGGACAUCUAUAGAGACCCUGACUAUAUCCGCAAAGGUGACGCACGCCUGCCUCUGAAGUGGAUGUCUCCAGAGUCCAUCUUUGACAAAGUGUUCACCACUCAAAGUGACGUCUGGUCCUAUGGUGUUCUGCUGUGGGAGAUCUUCUCUCUCGGAGCAUCUCCGUACCCUGGUCUUCACAUCGAUGAGGAGUUCUGUCACAGGCUCAAGGGGGGAACGAGGAUGAGAGCGCCCGAAUACUGCACACCUGAAAUUUACAGUACAAUGCUGGCCUGCUGGGAGCCCACUCCUUCAGACCGUCCUACCUUCAGUGACCUGGUGGAAACUCUGGGCGACCUCCUCCAAGCGCGUGUUCAACAGGAUGGAAAAGAUUACAUUCCCCUUGGAUCAUUCAAGACUGGACAUGCAAAUUACAACAAAAGGCUGAAAGGAAACCCACUAGCAGUGACUAACCUGAGUUACAUGAGAGGUAUGGACUCACUGCAGACAUUUGAGGAACCAUCACUGGAGGAGCAGAACAGCCCAGAUGAAGAACAGGGUGACAGUGGUAUGGUUCUCCCCUCUGAGGAACUGAAAAAUUGGCCUGAAAACAACAGCUCAAAACUCAACAGGUUAUUAAGCUUCACUAAAAUUGGGACUAAACAUGGACCUAUCAAUGACAUUAUACAUCUUCAUGGCAACCAACUGUCCGACGACAGCUCUCCUCCACCAGAUUACAACUCUGCAUUUCUCUAUCCCUCUGUAGAGCAUGAAAUCCAAAUACUGUGAAGUUAAAUGUUUCUGUAUGCUGUUAAACCAAUGAAGCCUCCUACUCCAGUGUUAAGAAGUUAAACAUUCACUGGAAAAAACACAGGUUCAGAUGGAGAAGCAGAGGCACAAAAAUUUCAAACAAAACAUUGCACUCUCAGGUUACAGAUGUCAAAUAUGUUUUAUUUGAUAAUGUUUUAUAAAAUAAAUAGUUACAUAGAUAAAUAAAUAGUUGCUUAUCACAAUUUUUAGCCAUCCAUAGGAAAAAUGCUCAUUGCAGAUUUGCAUGAGCCCUGGGUAAACUAGAUAUUUGUAGUAGUAUUUGUUACCCCCAGUCCAACCCUGUCUUUGAGCGACUUUAGCCUGGAGGUUAUGAGGUGAGGCGGUAUAGAUUCAGGACACAGCACUAGUUUCUACAAUACAAGUGAACCAAAUGUGUGUUCAUUUCUGUGUUUUCAUGGGUUUUAGUCACACCAGUUUUUUCCUGUGAAUGCUACUUUUGAAUUGGUUAUUGACUGAUUUUACACCACUGGAAACCCCUGCACUGGGACAGCCAUACUACCUAAAUACAAAAUAGUGGUUGCUGAUAUCUUUGCAACCCUUUCAGAAAUUCUCUUACUAUUCUCAAGUAGUAAGAGCGUAAUGUAUUCAGUUAUUUUUAACUUACGUGCUUUUUUAUACAGGUACCUCACUGAGUUUUAUAAGCUUACAUAGCUUUUGUACGCUGGAAACAAUCAAUGCAUAUUUAUUUGAGACAUUUAAACAGUAUGUCAAACUGCAUUCAUAUUUUAUUAUUAUGUCACUGCUUGUUUAGGUAUGUACACCAAAGCUACACCGAAUGUCAAUCAACUGUAAAUACAAUGUACUAAUGUAGGCAAGGAAAAAAGUAAUGUUUUAAUUUU